UCGACCAAUCAGAAGGCGCCUAGCAGUGCCAUCUCGACUAAUUAGAAGGCGCCUAGCAGUGCCAUCUCCUCGACUAAUCAGAAGCCGGCUGGCAGUGCCAUCUCCUCGACCAAUCAGAAGCCGGGUAGCAGUGCCAUCUCCUCGACCAAUCAGAAGCCAGCUAGCAGUGCCAUCUCCUCGACCAAUCAGAAGCCGGCUAGCAGUGCCAUCUCCUCGACCAAUCAGAAGCCGGCUAGCAGUGCCAUCUCCUCGACCAAUCAGAAGCCGUCUAGCAGAAGACAACAACAUGGACGCUAUGAGGUUGCUUGUCUUCAUGACAGUAUUGGCAUUUAGUAAUUCUGCCAACCGAGUGCUGGAAUUAAGCGAUCGUUUUCUGGAGCUGCGAGGCGAGUCGUCAUGGCUUAUCAUGUUUUAUGCUCCAUGGUGUGGACACUGCAAGAAGUUAGACCCGGUGUGGAACCAUGUUGCACAUGCACUGUAUGGCACAGAAAUCCGUGUUGGGCGUGUUGAUUGUACACGUUUCACAGCAGUGGCAACAGAAUUUAGUAUCAAGGGUUUCCCCACCAUUAUGUAUCUCAAAGGCGACACAAAACACACCUACAGUGGUGAUCGAGCCAAAGAAGACAUAGUUGGAUAUGCUGUCCGAAUGGCUGCUCCCCCAAUUCAGCAUAUAGCAUCUUUCCAUCACUUAAAAGAAAUCAUUGCGCAGGAAGAUCUGUUCUUCGUGUAUGCAGGGGAGAAGGAAGGUGCAUUAUGGGAUGCCUAUUCCGAAUUAGCAAAUAUAUAUAGACCCUUCAACUACUUCUACUCAAUUGAUGCUGGUUGUAUGACAGAGCAUACUGAGUUGGAGUACAACCCUGCUAUUCUAGUCUUCAAAGAUGGCCUAAACUAUUUCUUCCCAGUACCUGAGGAGAGUGAAAUAGCGGAGAAUCUAACUAUUGUCAACACAUCUCUGGCCGACUGGAUUAAUCAUGAACGCUUUCCAUUAUUUACCAAAAUCACACAUGGCAAUCUGCACCAACUUUGGAAGAUCAACAAAUUUCUGGCAAUCACAGUUGUCAAGGAAAGUAAGAUUGGAACAAUCACCACGGACGAGGAUGCGGAAGACUAUGUUGAUGGGUACAAAUUCAAGGAUAUGGUGGAAUCUGUUAUCAAGAACAAUCGAGAAAAGUAUCACAAGCAUUACCAGUUUGGUUGGACAGGAACUCCAGAUCUAGCAAACAGUAUUGCCAUGGAAAGGCUCCAGCUGCCGUCACUUCUUGUCGUAAACUCAUCCACCAUGCAUCACCACCUACCCGAGGACCCUCCACACCAUCUAACUCCAGCUGCCAUUGAAAUGUUCCUUGACUCUGUCAUAUCUGAGACUGCUCCAACCUACGGUGGAGACACAUGGCCUGUGAGAUUCUAUCGCAUCUAUUAUAAUGCAAGGACUUCAUUAGAGGAGAUGUGGCAGGGAAAUCCAGUCCUGACAGCCGUGCUCUUUGGCCUGCCCCUUGGCUUUCUCUCUCUGAUUUGCUACUCCAUCUGGUGCUCUGAUAUUAUGGAUGCAGACGAGGAGGAAGAAGAGCCUCAGCAUGAAAAAAAGGACUGAUCGAGGUUACAUUAUGGAACAAACAUCAAUAUGUGUUUCUGGGAAUAUCUCCAGAUUGCAGCCUGUCUUAGUCCAAACAUAUUUAUUGACCUGAACAAAUAUUAUUAAGAAGAAACAAAUAUUAUUAAGAAGAGAGUAAAGAAAGAGUUGUAUUUUACUUAAUGUUUUGGAAAUUUUGAAAAUUCUCGAAGUCACCCAGUUAGAGAUACUGAUUAUCAUUCUCAAACAAUAAAUGAUUGUUGUUGCUUGUGCCAUAUUGCUUUUGUUGAUUUCAGAAAAUUUUCAGCAUAGGGCAAUUAAAUGUGCAUUUUUUUCCAGUAAACUUGAUCGUAAUGAAUGUAGUUUAAGGCCUCUAAGUUAUAUAUGUUUGUGCAUGCAUAUUUGGACCUUGGCUUUUGGAAAAGGAAAGUCUUGUAUCAGACUCUUUCUUUUUGAGAGUUUGAUUUGUACAGUAUUGAUAUGUGCAAUUUAUUCUUGGAAAUGCUGCAUUCCCAUUAUAAUACGUGCUUUGUGAUAUUUAUUUAUUUUAAAGACUGGUACUUUGUUAUGUAAACUUGUGUAGGGUAAUUUCCACCAGUUUGUAAUCUACUAGUAUGUUAUUUUUUUAAGACUUAAGAUUUUAUUUUCUAGCUGUAAGAAUAUGUUUCCCAUUCAAAAAAUUCAAACAUGUUUUAAAAAGUGGAUUGUAAUUCAUGUAAUGUCAUUAUAUAAUGGUGCCUCGAGUGUGAUGAAAAUGAUACAAAAUUUUGAUCUCAUUUCUGGUUCUCAUUUUUAGAUUGUAUUGAAAUCUCAUUUACAUCAAAAUAAAGGAUGUGUGAGAUGAGGAUGAUGUGAGACAGAUUGCAAGGGGUUUCUAAAAAUCUGUAUUAAAAGUCACUGAUUGCAUGUUCAUUUAUAUUAUAAACCCUGAGAUUCUAUUUAUUAUAUAUUAUAUUGUUAUACAUACUAUGCUGUGUAACCUAAGUAGCUGAUUUUCAUUGAAGGGCCAUAAUGUUUUUGUAACAGGAAAAGUCAGGGACUGAUUUAUACCUAUUUGUAAGCACUGGAUUACAAGUGGAUUGUGAAGGUGUUCCUUUGCAUGUGAGGGAUGCACUUUGGCUUCAUUUAUGAAGUAAAUGGUCAAUUGCUAAGUUUAACAUAAUUGAACAGCAGAUAAAAAAGUUUAAUUGAUCAGUUAUCAUGGGAAAUACAUUUUUUAUUGGUUUAGAAUGUAAUAUGUUGCCAUCUCAGUCAUAUUUUAUUUUGUGCUCCUAUUCCAGAUAAGUAAAUCUCUUUUUAGACUUUCACUUAAUAUAAAAUUGUGUGCAGAAUACUAAUACCAGGAUAAUGAGACUUGUAUUGAACAGGAACUAGUCAGAAAUCCUUAACAUAAAACUUUCUUUGAUAAGAAAAAUCUUACCGUGUGUAAAAUUGGUAAGAGUAGGUAUGUCACAAUCAUGUAAAUUGGUAAUUUUUUGGUGAUUUGUUAGAUUUUGAAUUGAGGUUUGAAUAUAUUGAGACCAAAGCUUGUAAUCUGAAAAUAAAAGGAAUGGAAUUCAA